UUUCCUUGUAAAAAAAUUAGCCACCUCCAAUUUUCCUUCCUCUCCCUUUUAAGCCACACAACACAGCCACCUCCAUUACUCGUCUCUACACAUCUUCUCCAAACCAUUUCUUCUUUUCUUUCAGGAAUUCUCCUCAACCUCAAAUCUCAAAUAAUCCACAAAUCCACCCACCAAAACACUCAAGACAAAAAUUAACCCUCUUCUAAAAAUUCAAUCUUUAUUUGCCUUUUCUUCGGAUAAACACCAGAAUCUCCCAAUAUUUUUUGCUUGCUGGCCCAAAAUCUUUACCUGUUAAAAGCUUUGGCUUUUUUGUUGGUGAAAUAUGGAGGUUUCAGUUAUUGGAAAGUCACAAGUGAAUAUUGGAAGGAUCAAUGAUGUUUGCUUUCCUAAUUUGAAUGCUAAGGUAUUUUGUAGUGUGAGGAAUAACAACAACUCAAAGGGAAGUCAAAACUCUGUUUGGCCUUCGAGAUCCGCCCAGGGUUUCAGACUUAGAACAUCUGCCUCAGUUCAGACACAAGCAGUUGUUUCUGAAAAGGCUUCAAAGGUCACGAAAACCAAUCCGAAUAAUGCCAUCAAAUUAUACGUAGGCCUUCCACUCGACACAGUCUCGAGCUCCAACACAAUAAACCAUGCCCGAGCAAUCUCUGCAGGGCUUAAGGCCCUCAAGUUAUUGGGUGUGGCUGGUGUAGAGCUCCCCGUGUGGUGGGGCAUAGCCGAAAAUGAAGGCCCUGGAAAUUACAACUGGACAGGUUAUUUAGCUGUUGUUGAGAUGGUCAAGAAAUUGGGUCUCGAGGUUCGUGUGUCCCUCUGUUUCCACGCGUCUAACGAAAACAAGAUAUCCCUUCCGAAUUGGGUUUCGAAAAUUGGUGAAUCAGAUCCGAGUAUUUUUUUUACGGAUCGCAAUGGACAGCUGUACAAGGAUUGCCUGACUUGGGCUGUGGAUGAUCUUUAUGUAUUUGAUGGAAAGUCUCCAAUGCAAGUGUAUAAGGAGUUCUUUGAGAGUUUUAAAUCUACAUUCUCGGACUACUUGGGGUCAACAAUCACGGGCCUAACGAUCGGGCUCGGCCCAGACGGCGAGCUCCGCUACCCAUCCCAUCACCACCCAAUAAAAAAACGCAGCUCCAUUUCCGGGUCCGGCGAAUUCCAAUGCUACGACAAACACACGCUGGCCGACCUCAAAUGCCACGCCGAGCUUCACGGCCACCCUCUAUGGGGCCUCGGCGGGCCCCACGACGCCCCGAACGACGGCUUCUUCGACUCGUCCUGGAAAACCCCUUACGGCAAUUUUUUCCUCUCUUGGUAUUCGACCCGACUCUUAGCCCACGGCGACCGUGUCCUGUCCUUGGCGGCCUCGACUUUCGAAAGCUCGCCAGUCGAGCUGUCGGCGAAAAUCCCGUUGAAGGCCCGUUCGCACCCCUCGGAGCUGACAGCUGGAUUUUACGACGCGGACGGGAGGGAUGGGUACGGGCCCGUUUUUGAAAUGUUCCGUAGAAAUAUGUGUGGGGCUGUGUUGUGCGGGCCCGACUUAAAUUCCGUGUCGGGCCAAGAAUUACUUGCCGCGCAAGUAAUGGGAUCUUGUGGGGUGGAAAUGUCGGGUGAGAACUACUCGGACGUGGCUGCUGGGGGUUUUGAGAGGAUAAAGAAGAAUUUGGCGGUGGGGAGAAAUGAGGUGGUGCGCUCGUUUACGUACCAGAGGAUGGGGGCUUAUUUCUUUUCGCCCGAGCAUUUCCCGGAGUUUGCGCGAUUCGUGAGGGGGUUGAACGAGUUGGAUCGGAGUUUGGAUGAUGUGGCGGUGGUGGGUGAAGGGAGUGUUGGGCUGUUGUCUGUCUCCCCCAAAUCGCGUUUCGCCCAAAUCUCGCCGUCUGGACUUUCAUCUGCUCACGAAAGGGCUAGAGUUUCGGCGGAUUCAUUUUCCGCUCGAAGACUGCCGGAAUUCAGUGGAAUCGUGGAUUGGCGGGGGGUCUGGUCGUCGGCUCCUCGUUUUGUGCAGUGGAGUGCAGAGGUGGCGGGUCGGGGUUUCUCGUUGAGUUUGGGGGAGGCCGACUGUCUCUGGAGUAGGCUAGUGGUAUUAGGCUGCUUUGGGACGGAGUCAGAUUCGGCUAGUGGUGUUAGCCGGCUGGGGGGUUCUGUGGCUUCUUGCGGCUGGAGUGCGGGUCGGGUUCUCGGAUUGACUUGGAGGCUUGGAACAGGAACUGGAAAAGAAACUGCCCAACAGGUCCCAUCAUCAAAAGCCAAAUAUGAGACAUGUUAUCAAAAGUCAAAUUUUUGCAUGGUAACACGUGUCAACCACCUAGCCUCUAAGUGCAACGCUAGAUGUGGCGUUGUACUGUGCACCAACCUAGAUGCAGGAAAAGACUUAAGUCCCGUUGUGCCUUUUUGCGGGAUGGUUCCGCUAUAUCUGGCCAAUAAAAAUUUGACAAAUCACUUUGGUUUAGUAGGCUCGCAGCAUGUGAUCAUUUCCCUUGAGGAGUUUACAACCGGCUACAGCAAGUUACUUCCGGUGCAAUCGAUUCACGUUUUUCCACUAAUGGCGCUAGGGUUCCUCUCUUUCCCUAACUCGUUUCCAGAGCUAAGACUUUUUCGAGCAUCUGCGCCUAUAAAUCACCGACCGAUGGUGGACAACGGUGCCGGAACCACCUCCAAGAUCCCCGACGAACAACCACUCACCGGUUCCAUCCCCGACGGCGGCGCCUUUCCCACUGCAAACCCCUGUUAUGAUGCAUACUCUGCCAGUACCAGACGGAGGCGGAGCUCAUCCCGGACAAUCUCCACCUUCAGGCCCACGACCACGCCCUGGUCCUCGAGAUGGGGAAUUCUCCGGAGGCCGAGUAGAGGAAAAGUGGGGAUAAGUGAACAGGCCCUACUGGGGAAAGAAGGGCAAGCGAAUCCGGAGCUUUUGGAUUUCUAA